AUGAGUUACCAGAGCUUGGGGGAUAACAAUCAAGGCGGCUACGGCCAGUACAACCCGUACGGAGGUCAGCAGCAAAGCAACCCUUAUGCUAGCCAGCAACAGAACUAUGGCUACGGAGGUGGUGAUGCAGAAGCCGGAUAUGGGAGUUAUGAGAUGUCCAACGUCAACCAGGGUUCUUCUGGUGGACCUGCCUCGAUUUUGAACAAGUGCAAGGAAAUCAAUGAAGGUAUCACCGAGUUGACCAGGAAGCGCGAGGGACAGUUGGCCUCCGCCCAAAAGGCCCUUCUGGACUCGAGCACCGGAAAGGAGGACACCUCCUCGCGCCAGACUCUCGACUACAUUGAGGAUGAAAUCAACACUGCGCUGCGCUACCUGCGUGAUCAAUUCAAGCGCGUCAAGGAAACUCCGGGAUCCGGCGAUCAGCGCGUCAGCGGUCAGGUUGAGAACGUCAGCCGCAACCUGCGCCGUGAGAUUGAGCAGUACCAGCGCACACAAAGUGACUUCCGGAAGCGCCUGGAGGAGCAAGUGCGCCGCCGAUACGAGAUUGCCAACCCCGAUGCCUCCCCGGAGGAGUUGGAACAAGGUGUGCAGAAUGUCCUGAUGGGCCAAGAACAGAGCUUCGUGGUUCCCGGAACUCGAUCCCGCCAGGCCAACGAUGCCCGCCAGGCUACCCUUCAGCGUUCCGCCGCCAUCCGCAAGAUCGAGCAGGAUCUGAUUGAACUGAGCCACCUGUACAACGAGGUUGCCGAGCUGGUGCACCAGCAGGAGCCUGCAGUCACGCAGAUCAACCAGGGAGCCGAGGAGACCCACCGCAAUGUAGAGCAGGCCAACACCAAACUUGACAGCGCCAUUCAAAGCGCAAAGAACGCUCGGCGCUGGAAGUGGUAUGCGCUGAUCAUCGUCAUUAUUAUUAUCGCUAUUGUCGUCGGUGUGGCUGUCGGUGUCACCGAGGCCAACAAGAGCUCCAAGUAA